UGCUCUUACUCAUUGUUAUGCUGAUUGUGGUACUGCUCUUGCUAGUUGUCAUGAUGGUUGUGCUCCUUCUUCUUCUAAUAGUGCUUGUAAUCGUGGUUGUGAUGAUAAUUAUGCUGGUUGUACUAAUAAUUGUAAUGUUGUUUCUGUUGGUUGUGAUAAUGUUUGUUAUAAUAAUUAUGGUUCUUGUACUGCUGGUUGUGGUCCUAAUUGUCGUCUUGCUUGUGCUCCUGCUUCUCCUAAUAGUGCUCGUUGUCGUUAUUGUGAUAUUCAUUGUUAA